AAGCAGGGAGAGAGAGAGAGAGAUUUAUGGGUGCAGGUCUUUACUUUUCUUUUUAUGGUAAAUAGAAUUUCAUCCAGAAACUGUUUGUUGUGAGGGCUGAGGGCCUUUGAAUACAAAAAAUUACAAUAACCAACGACUUCCAGGAGAAAGGGGCAUGAAAUAUGCAUUCUAUAUAUAUACAGAUAUAUAUUACUCAAUAUUUGUAUGUGGAGAGAGAUCAAACUUCUGGUCAAGGGAGAGAAUUGUGUAGAGCUUCUCUGGUAAUUUCUCCUGUAAAUAGGAAAAGGGUAGUGUUAAUUUGUUAGUUAUCGCGGCGAAAGAGAUAUAUAUAGAGAGAUAUAUAGAGAGAGAAAAAGAGAGAGAUCAUGUGGCUUCCGAAGCCUGGUCACACAGAAAGGAAGGCGGGAAGAAAUGGGUUGGUUGCAGUUGCUAUAGACAGAGACAAAGGCAGCCAGCAUGCCCUCAAAUGGGCCAUUGAGAACCUUCUCACCAGAGGACAAACUGUUAUACUCAUCCAUGUUGUUCAGAAACCUUCAUCUGCUGGGCACCAUGCUGCUGUUUCUGAUGUCAAUGGGGCUGCAUCUGCACAUAAGCAACAACUUGAGAAACAAACCAAGGAUUUGUUUCUUACCUUUCAUUGCUUUUGUACCCGUAAAGAUAUACAAAGCCUUGAUGUCAUACUUGAAGAUACGGAUAUAGCAAAAGCAUUAACAGAAUAUGUUUCUUAUGCUGCAAUUGAGACCUUAAUUCUUGGUGCCUCGUCACGGCAUGGCUUUAUCAGAAGAUUCAAGAUGUCAGAUGUUCCGAGCCAUGUAUCAAAAGGUGCGCCAGAUUUCUGUACUGUUUAUGUCAUCUCCAAAGGAAAGAUCUCUUCUGUGCGAAAUGCUUCUCGCACAGCUCCAUUCACUUCCCCUCUUCACGAUCAAAUAGAGAACCAAGCUAACCAGUAUACUCACAAUACUUGUCCUAUUGAUUCACGCUCGAAGCAUAGUAUUAGCAUUAGAGUAACAGAAAGGACACAGCGCAGGCCUCGUAAUGUGCCCGAUGACGAGUCAGUCAGGUCACCAUUUGCUAGAGGAAGAGGCUUACAUGCAAAGUUUAAUGACGAGUUCUCAGAAUCAGAUACUGAUAUAUCCUUUGUAAGCUCUGGCAGGCCAAGCACUGCUUCCCAAUAUGAUGCCAUGGAUUUAGCGAGAAGUUCCCGUCUUUCAAAUAGUUCAGAUCAGAGCAUUGGGUCACUCCGGUUGGGAGCCAAGUGGACUGAUAUCAGCUCUCUGCAUGAAUUCUCAACAACCUCAGUGGACAGUGGAAGGACGUCAUGUUCAUCACAAAAUAUGGAUGAUGUGGAAGCUGAAAUGAGGAGGCUAAAGUUAGAGUUGAAACAAACAAUGGAUUUGUAUAGUACAGCCUGCAAAGAAGCACUUACAGCAAAACAGAAGGCAAUCGAGUUACACCAAUGGAGAAUGGAAGAAGAGCAAAGAUUAGAAGAGGCUCGAAUUUCUGAGGAAGCAGCACUGGCGAUGGCAGAGGAGGAGAAAGCUAAGUGCAGGGAAGCCCUACAUACAGCUGAAGCCGCUAAUAGGAUUGCAGAACUCGAAGCUCAAAGGAGAAUAAAUGCUGAAAUGAAGGCUCUUUUAGAGGUAGAGGAAAAGAAGAAGAUAUUAGAUACUCUAACCCAUAAAGAUGUCAGGUACAGGAGAUACACGAUUGAUGAGAUUGAAAUAGCAACAGAUUAUUUUGCUGCAUCUCGCAAGAUUGGUGAAGGGGGUUAUGGCCCUGUUUAUAAGUGUUAUCUUGAUCAUACGCCAGUUGCAGUGAAAGUUUUACGUCCAGAUGCAGCUCAAGGAAGGGCACAAUUUCAGCAAGAGGUUGAAGUACUAAGCUGCAUGCGACAUCCCAACAUGGUACUACUCGUUGGUGCCUGUCCAGAGUAUGGCUGUUUGGUGUACGAGUACAUGGCUAAUGGUAGCUUAGAUGACCGUCUUUUUCGAAAGGGGAACACUAAACCUCUCUCUUGGCAACUUAGAUUCCGAAUUGCAGCAGAGAUUGCCACAGGCUUGCUCUUCCUCCACCAGACCAAGCCAGAGCCACUUGUGCACCGUGACCUCAAACCUGGCAACAUCCUACUUGAUCACAACUACGUCAGCAAGAUCAGUGAUGUAGGAUUGGCGAGGCUCGUUCCUCCCUCUGUAGCUGAUGAUGUAACACAAUAUCGAAUGACAUCAACGGCUGGAACUUUUUGCUACAUUGAUCCAGAGUACCAACAAACUGGAAUGCUUGGCAUCAAAUCUGAUAUCUAUUCACUGGGCAUCAUGCUUUUGCAAGUGAUAACAGCCAAGCCAGCAAUGGGCUUGACUCACCACGUUGGACGGUCUAUUGAGAAAGGAACAUUCGCUGAUAUGCUCGAUCCAGCUGUGCCUGAUUGGCCAGUUGAAGAGGCCUUAAGCUUUGCAAAUCUAUCACUCCAAUGCGCAGAGCUAAGGCGAAAGGACAGACCGGAUCUUGGCAAGGUUGUUUUACCAGAGCUUAACAGAUUGAGAGCACUUGGUGAAGAAAACAUGAGCCACUUCAUGGUGGGUGGUAGUGUAGGCCCCUCCCCCAACAACAGCAACGCUUCCAUCUCGCAGGAAGUGAUGAGCGACCCUCUGCUUAUAAAUUCAGGAUACAAUAGCUCAACUUGCCGCUCAAGCUCAUCUUCACUAGCUGAAAAGCCAGGACCAACUGAGUAGAUUCAGUGGGAGUUUGGCAGUUAAUUAAAAUGCAAUUCCUCAUAAUCAGUAAAUUAUUGUAAAUUAGUGUUCCCAGAGUAGCUAGUACGCUGUUGAGCUGGUAUGUUUACUCACGUACCUUUAUAUGUAUAUUUAUAUAUAUGUAUAUGGUUUGGGUAGGUUCAGUUAGGGAAGUGAAACAAAGCAUCAGGAGGAGUCGAGUAGCCAGCAAAUGCAAGGUCUCUGGUCACCUGAAUUGUGAUUAAUUUAAUUCCAUGUAAUUUAUGAUUUAUUGAUUGUAUAUUUGUGAAUAUGACGGAGUAGUAAUGUAUGUAAUCAUGUGGAAUUCCAUGAGAUAUUCGAGAUUACAUUGCAAAUAUUCAUAGCAAAUGUGUG